UUCUCCUGCCUUUGCUCUGGAAAGCUCCAUGUGCCCGGCUGAGCAGGAGCGGCAGGAAUAGCAGCAGAUUAAAGCGGAUGGCUCCUCCGACAGACAGCACCAUGGAGGCUGCAGCCCACCCGUGCCCGGCCAUCCGCCUCCGCUGGGACCUGACAGCCGCGCAGAUCCAGGACGCCACAGCCGAGCUGAUCGAGAAGACCAAGCAGGUGUACGACACGGUGGGUGCCCUGGCGCAGGGUGACAUCUCCUACGAGAACACGCUGGGUGCCCUGGCCGCUGUGGAGGUGGAGUACACAGUUCAGCGGAACAUGCUAGACUUCCCGCAACACGUGUCUCCCUGCAAGGAGGUUCGUGCGGCCAGCACUGAGGCCGACAAGAAGCUCUCUGAGUUUGACGUGGAGAUGAGCAUGCGGAGGGACGUCUACCAGCGCAUCAUCUGGCUGCAGGAGAAGCUGGAGAACACCUCCCUGAAGCCAGAAGCGAAGCGAUACCUUGAGCGCCUGAUCAAGCUGGGCCGGCGGAGUGGCCUCCAUCUCCCUGAGGAGACGCAGGAGAAAAUCAAAGAGAUCAAAAAAAGGCUGAGCGUUCUCUGCAUCGACUUCAACAAGAACCUCAACGAGGACACAACCGUCCUGCCCUUCUCCCGGGAAGAGCUGGGGGGUCUCCCUGAGGACUUCCUGAGCUCCCUGGAGAAGACGGAGGAGGGGAAACUGAAGGUGACCCUGAAGUACCCCCACUACUUCCCCCUGAUGAAGAAGUGCCACGUUCCAGAGACCCGGAGGCGGGUGGAGAAGCAGUUCAACUCCCGCUGCAAGGAGGAGAACUGCCAGAUCCUGAAGGAACUGGUGGUUCUGCGGGCGAAGAAGGCGGCUCUGCUGGGAUUCGAGACGCACGCCGACUUCGUCCUGGAGAUGAACAUGGCCAAGGACUGCCAGACGGUGGCCUCUUUCCUGGAUGAGCUGGCGGCCAAGCUGCGCGUGCUGGGCGAGCAGGAGCGGGCCCUGAUGCUGUCCCUGAAGCGCCAGGAGUGCGAGCAGCGCGGCCUGCCCUUUGACGGGCACCUCCAUGCCUGGGACCUGCGCUUCUACAUGAACCGGGUUCAGGAGACGCUCUACCAGGUGGACCAGAACCUGCUCAAGGAGUUCUUCCCCAUGGAGGUGGUGACGGCCGGCCUGCUGGGCAUCUACCAGGAGCUGUUGGGGCUCACCUUCCGCCUGGAGGAGGGAGCCCCCGCCUGGCACCCCGACGUCCAGCUCUACGCCGUGCAGGAUGCCCAAUCCGGCCAGGCCAUCGGGAAGUUCUACCUGGACCUCUACCCAAGGGAGGGCAAGUAUGGCCACGCCGCCUGCUUUGGUCUGCAGCCCGGCUGCCUUCUCCCCGACGGAAGCCGCCAGAUCUCGGUGGCAGCCAUGGUGGCCAACUUCACGAAGCCCACGCAAGACGCGCCUUCGUUGCUGCAGCACGACGAGGUGGAGACCUACUUCCACGAGUUUGGGCACGUCAUGCACCAGCUCUGCUCGCAGGCGGACUUUGCCAUGUUCAGUGGGACCCACGUGGAGAGGGACUUUGUAGAGGCUCCGUCGCAGAUGCUGGAGAACUGGGUGUGGGAGAAGGAGCCCCUGCGGCGGAUGUCCACGCACUACAAGAACGGCGCGCCCAUCCCAGACCAGCUGCUGGAGAAGCUCAUCAAGUCCCGACAGGCCAACACAGGGCUCUUCAACCUGCGCCAGAUCGUCUUGGCCAAAGUCGACCAGGCUUUGCACACACAGACGGACGCCGACCCUGUGGAGGAGUACGCCCGGCAGUGUGACAAGAUCCUGGGCGUCCCUGCAACCCCAGGUACGAACAUGCCGGCGACGUUUGGCCACCUGGCAGGAGGCUACGAUGCCCAGUACUACGGCUACCUCUGGAGCGAAGUCUACUCCAUGGACAUGUUCUACACCCGCUUCAAGAAAGAAGGCGUCAUGAACCACAAGGUGGGCAUGGACUACCGCAACUGCAUCCUGCGUCCCGGCGGCUCCCUGGAUGCCUCCGACAUGCUGCUCCGCUUCCUUGGCCGGAAUCCCAAGCAGGACGCCUUCCUGGCUAGCAAGGGUCUUGCCGCUGACCCCACCAGCCUCCCCUCAUCCUGCUGAGACCUCCCCCUGCCCGCUUCCCAGCCGGGGGCACUUGCAAGUCCUGCCUGGU